AUGAAGCUGCUAAUUAUCUUUGCCUGUCUGCUGGGCUUGGCGCUUAGCCAUGAUCUAAUCUAUACGCCCAGCUAUAGCUACUAUAGCGCACCUGGACUGGCGUAUGCCUUGCCUUUGGCCUACACUCGACGCCUGAUCUCGCCGGCCAUACAGUCGCAGGUGUAUCACAGCGUGGAGACAGACAACUCCUAUCAACAGCAAUAUCGUGCGGACUAUAAGCCUUUGACCUAUGAGUAUCUCCUUUGA